GUAUGUCCUAUAAUGGACAACGUAGUAAACGGGUCACGUGGUAAUUGCGGAAGUGACGGCGAAGUAUCGUGAAAGUCAAGUCCUUUGCGGUGUUUUGGUUGGCAACUCGUUUCCUGCGGGAGACAGUAACAAGCAGGGGAAGCUGCUGACUGAAGGAAAGCAAUGGCUUCUCCCAAACGCUUUGCAGACCUUGGUUACAGACUCUUUUCUGGAUCCAUGAUGCUGCUGACCCUAUAUGGCGGUUAUUUGUGCAGUGUCCGGGCUUAUCGAUAUUUCCAGCGUAGAGAACAACUGCGCUUGGCAGCAGAAAACCAGACUGAUGAAAUUAUAAAAGACUGAAUCCAUUCCUCUGGCUCCAACCUCGACCCACUCAACACUUGUCUGCCCUGUGCAGAACAUCUUGUCUUUACCAUGAAUUGGCGCUUUCUUCCACUUGAGCUUCUGGGAUUUGUGAUGAAAAUAUCAAUCUUUUGUGCAUAAGUGAUAACACCCCCCUUACCCGAAUGUUCAGCAAGCAAAAUGCUGAAUAUUUUUUUUUAAUAAACCAUACACCUUGUUGCCUAA